AUGGCAAAAGCUAUACCAAAAAUUGGUUCACGUAAGAAAGUGUGUAUUGGUUUACGUAGGAAUGCACGUUUUAGUUUACGGAAGAGUGCAUGUACAAUAACAAAAGGGGUUAUUCAUGUUCAAGCUAGUUUCAACAAUACCAUUAUAACUAUUACAGACCCACAAGGUCGGGUGGUUUUUUGGUCCUCGGCCGGUACUUGUGGAUUCAAAAGCUCAAGAAAAGCAUCACCCUAUGCUAGUCAAAGAACAGCAGUAGAUGCUAUUCGUACAGUAGGUUUGCAACGAGCAGAAGUUAUGGUAAAGGGCGCUGGUAGUGGAAGAGAUGCCGCAUUACGAGCCAUUGCUAAAAGUGGUGUGCGAUUAAGUUGUAUACGCGAUGUAACACCUAUGCCGCAUAAUGGAUGUCGACUGCCUAAAAAAAGACGUCUCACUCAAACACUACAGUGGAAGUGUGUUGAAUCAAGAGUAGAUAGUAAGCGCCUUUAUUAUGGUCAUUUCAUUCUGUCCCCGCUUAGAAAAGGUCAAGCGGACACCGUCGGUAUUGCCUUGCGAAGAGCUUUACUUGGAGAAAUAGAAGGAAGAUGUAUCACACGUGCAAAAUUUGGGAGCGUGCCGCACGAAUAUUCUACAAUAGCAGGUAUUGAAGAAUCCGUACAAGAAAUUUUACUAAAUUUGAAAGAAAUUGUAUUGAGAAGUAAUCUCUAUGGAGUUAGAGACGCAUCCAUUUGCGUCAAAGGUCCUAGAUACAUAACUGCUCAAGAUAUCAUCUUACCGCCUUCCGUAGAAAUCGUUGAUACGACACAACCUAUAGCUAACUUGACAGAGCCCAUUGAUUUCUGUAUUGAUUUGCAGAUCAAGAGAGAUCAUGGAUAUCAGACAGAACUCAGAAAGAACUAUUAA